CACGGGGCCCCUGGGCUGGGCCAUCCGGCAGUCAGCUGCUGGCAGGGGAAUUGGCCGGCUGCAGCCAUGAAACUGGUGCUGUUGCUGGCCCUCAUCCUCUGGGUUCAGGCCGGGGGGGCUAGCAGGGGGGCCCCCAAGAUGCCCUCCAAGGAGCUGAGCCCCCCAUCUGCUCUGGGUCCCAAAAACCAUAGCUCCCCAUCUGCUCCCCUCCCUGAGGACCCAGCCCUCACAAGCGGCCCCCCAGAGAAGCUGAGCGCCCAGGAUCCAGCCCCACAACUGAGCCCCAUGGAGGGCCCCAGCCGGGGGAAGGCGGAGGCGCCUUGUGGGGCGCCGGAGCGAGGGAAGGUGGCCCUGGAGGCACGGCAGGACGGGGCCAAGGUCCUAGGGACCCAGGGGGGGUCCCUGCCUGGCAAGGAGACAGGGCUCCCUGCCACUGCCAGGAACAACAGCCCCAGUUCCGGCGCGGGGCAGGACGCCGGGGUCCCCAGGAGAGCCGGGAAAGGGCAGCUGGUGCUGGGGAAGGGGCCACCCCCCUGGCGGAGCAAUGCCCCCCGGCUGCAGAGGGGCAGAGCCCGGCCAGGCGCGCAGCCCGAGGGGGGACCCAUCAUGCCCUCACUGCCCACCACCUGCCUCCUCUCCGAGUCGGCCAUCGCCUGCAGCAACGUCCACAUGAAGCAGGUGCCAGCGCUGAGCGACCCUGGGCUGAAAACACUCUACCUGGCAG